AAACAGACUGGAAUCAGUGUAACUUUCGGUUUCGCCAUGAGGCUGUUUUAUAAAGUACCAUAAAAUAAAUCAUACAGAAAUCAGUUGAUGAUGAUGAUGACAAGUGUAGCUGCCACAGCCCUUCUCAUACUAACAGUGAUGAUAACCGCCAAAUUAAUUGAUGAAUCCGUAAUUCAUACGUAUCUGAUCAACACACAGGACCUGGCACGGGAAAAAUUCAUCUCAGCAACACCAUUUCUUCCAAGGGCAGAAAUUUUUGAUGAAACAGCAACCUACACUGGACUGUGCUUCUUAGCUGUACUAUGCCUUGCCCUGUGUUGGGUUGUUUCGUUCCUAUUCGUUAAAAUUCUUACCUAUGUAUGGGCAUUCAUCAGCAAGCCAAUAGAACUUCUAAUCAGUAUGAUCGUCUACCUGUUUUCCUCAAUGUCCACUGCCGUUGUGAUCCAGAUGUUCAAGGUUGCUCUCAUUCCAAUGGCAGCAUUGAUUAUUUACUUAUCACGGGACUUAUUUUACUCUAUGAUUUGAAAACUUGAUUCUUCAAUGCCAUGAGGAUAAUCACUAUUUUACUUGUGAAAUUUUUAAAAAUAAACUUCAGAGGUAUGUA